CUCACAUUAAUCUUAUACAUAAUUUUAGGCUAAUGAAACAAUACUGUAAAGUUUGUAAUAUAGAAAUACUAUUUAUUCUGAUUAUAUUCAUUCUGCAAAUUAAACACAUACACAAAUACACCUUUUUGUCAAAUACAACACGCAAGAUGGCGGAAGCAGCUGCAGUGAAACAGUUUAAAGUUGUUCUCAUUGGAUCAACUGGUGCAACUGGUCAAUAUUUACUUUCAGAAUUACUCAAAGCAAAGGAAUUUACAGAGAUUAUUUCGCUGGGGAGAAGAAAGGCAACCUUACCAGCAGACAUUAAGAAUGUGAAUCUAGAAGAAGAAGAAAAAUCAGGACGACUGAAACAAGUCAUCGUUGAUUUCGAAAACAUAAGCCAAGAGACCGUGGGUGAACAUUUCCAAGGCAAAGACGCGUUCUUAAGUGUGUUUGGGACAACAAGACGACAGGCUGGUUCAGCAAAAAACUUUCGUCGAAUCGAUUUCGAUUACAAUUAUAACUUUGCAAAGAUUGCACGUGAGAAUGGUGUUCGAUUAUAUAGUUUGAUGUCAUCUCAGGGAGCGAACAAAGACAGUUAUUUUCUCUAUCUUCAGUCGAAAGGACAGUUGGAACAUGAUUGUGGUUUGUUGAAUUUCCCUAUGUAUUCGAUAUUUCGACCGGGACUUCUGGGACGCGGAGGAUCAGAACGAAUUGCAGAAAAAAUAUUUGGUUGGUUUAUGACGAAAAUGCCAGUUCAAAAUGUCGCUCGUGCAAUGUGUAUGGACGCGGUACAGCAUCUAAGCUCCGCUCCUCAAGACAAACCUCAGCAAGUGACUUAUUACAAUGAUCACAUCAAUCAUUUCUGUGAAACUUAUGAACUAAACUAAAGACAGGAGGAUUGUUGUUUUGUCAUGGUGUUCACGGGAAUUCACGAAAAAAAUAUAUUUGUCUUGGAAUUGUCUGGAAAAGUAAUCAUGUUGAAUCAUUUUAAACCCGUUUACAAAUCUUACGGAAAGAAUUUCAGGAAGAUUAAAAAUUAAAGUCAUUCCUGGAAAUUCGGCGUGCUUAGCUUUUCUUGUCCUGGCGUGUCAAGCAAUUGUUUUUAUGUGAUCACCAUAUCUUUGCGUUUUUAUCUUUACAAUCAAUCAACCCCAUGAAUAUAUUUCUUAUUUUUUACUGUGUUUCUUUUUGUUUUAUCAUUCGAUAGGAUAUUUUAUCAUUGCGUAUGGUUUUUUUGUAAAGAAAUUAUUGAGAUGUCUCCCCCAUUUAAAAAGUCCGUUAUUGUUAUGUUAUGUACAAAAUGAAGAGGCGUUUGGUAAAUGUCGCCUCGUUUUGUGUGCCAGUGUGUCUUUUUUAUAUUGUGUGUUGGUGUAUCUUGUGUAUAAAUUGUAGAUAUAAAUAGUAAACUAAAAAUACAUCUUAACCAGCAAAAA